AGUAGAGAAUUUUCCGUUCGCCCCGAAGGUUUUAAUAUUUUAGCGCUCCGAUCCCUUUUCUCGGCUCCUUCCCCACCCUUCGUCGCGCGUUCGCCUCUUCUUCAAACCUCUCCCCUUUAUCUCCCUCGCCCCAUAUUCCUUUCCCCUCUUCUCUAGGCUCUGUGAUCUCUCGAUACGUGCUCCAACGCAGUGUGAUGAGCGAUCCAAUCGGGUUGAUUCGACCCUCGUUGUCCCAAUCCAUCGGUCCCUCGCAUCGGUGUUUCCGCGGAAACCCUAGGUUCUGAUUUGUUAGGGUUUCGCUCUGAUUUGCGGGAUUCGGCGUUGUUUCCUGUUGCAAUGACGCAUCGGGAGGACGAGGAGCUGGAGAUGGCCCUGCGAAUGAGCCUACAGGGCGCGCCACCGGAGGCGAAGCGGAGCAAGCCGCGGGAGAGCGCGGAGGAGUCUGUGGAGGCGAGGAACCGGAGGAUGCAGCGGGAGCUCAUGGCUGCGGCGGCGGAGAAGAGGAUCAGGGCGGCGGCGGAGAGCAGGAACCUCAGCCCCGCGCGGCCGAUGACGGCGGGGGGUGAGGAGGAGGAGGAGGAGGAGGAGGAGGAGGAGGCGAAAGGGAAGAGCGGCGCGGUGGUGGUGGAAGUUCCUGUGGUGUCGGGAGCCGAACCGGAUAGUUGUCGGUCGGUGAAGGUAGAGGAGGGAGAACGAAGGGUUGUGGAUGCUGGGGAGGAGUUGUCUCCUUCGGUCGCGAAUGAGUUGUUUCUGAUGAUGUUUGGUAGCGGCGUGUCCAAGGAUGUGCUGGCGCAGUGGAGCAAUCAGGGUAUCAGGUUCAGCUCUGACCCAGAAACUUGCAUGGGUCUGGUCCAACAUGAGGGAGGUCCUUGUGGUGUCCUGGCAACCAUACAGGCUUAUCUCCUCAAGUAUCUUUUGUUUACUCCUGAUGAUUUGGAUAAACGAUUUCAGCGUAGUUUUCAUGCUGCAACUGAUAAUUUUGCUUCUAUAACAGAAGAGAGAAAGGCAAGAGCUUUGGUUGACAGUAUGGUAGAAAUAUUAUUCUUGUGUGGAAGUGGAAAAAAUGCUGUGGUUGCAUUUCUUGGAGGUCUAAGCCUUGAUGUAGAUGGUGGAUGUGAAGCUGAUAAGAAUGAGGCCAUUUCCAAGGUUUUAGAAGGUCUUUCAAUUGAAUCAGCUUCAGAUUUUCACAAAGUUCUUCGAGUCAAAAGAUACACUUCAUGGAAAACUGCUUUUGAUCAUCUUAUGUCCGCACUUCCUCUAUUUCAAAGUCGCAUGGGAGCAAUGCUAUUCCUUAUAUCUGCUCUACUUUCACGAGGGCUGGAUUCCAUCCAAGCUGACAGGGACGAUCCCAGCUUACCACUGGUCACAGCUCCAUUUGGGCAUGCUUCACAGGAAAUCGUGAAUCUACUUCUCUGCGGCCAGGCUGUUCCAAAUGUCUUUGAUGGCAGGAUGGAUCUCGGCGGGGGCAUGUUCCUUAAAGGCAUACCCACUGCAGUCGAGGUAGGAUUCCUUACCCUGUUGGAAUCCCUAAACCUAUGCAAAGUCGGUCAGAGCCUAAAACACCCAAAAUGGCCAAUUUGGGUAGUUGGCAGUGAAUCUCACUACACCGUCCUUUUCGCCCUUGACCCCUCUGUCCAAGAAGAGAAUGAGCUCGAACAACGUGAAUCAAGAAUCAGGAAAGCGUUCGACAGCCAAGAUCAAAGCGGAGGGGGUGGAUUCAUCAGUGCCGAGGGUUUUCAUCAAGUAAUAAAGGAGGCCAAUAUUAAUUUCCCUCCCGAAAAGAUUGAGAAUUUGUGUAGUACAGGAUUCAUUGUAUGGAGCGAGUUUUGGCAAUCCUUGCUCGAAUUGGAUAAAAACUUGGGCGGUCUGAAAGAUCCCAGUGGUUUAAUGGGAAAGAAGCAGUUUGAUUUAUACCACUUCAAUGGAAUUGCAAAGUCUGUGCUGAACGGGGCUUUAACUGCCGGAGGGGAAAGCCCGGCACAAAGGCCGAGACUUUGUAAGUUGCAUGUGGCGGUCCCUCCGAGGUGGACCCAAGAAGAGUUUCUCGCUGACGUGGCAACUGCUUCUUCUAGUAGUGAGAAGGAUAGUCAGGUUUCUCAGCACGCACCUUUGGUGGAUUGCAUUAAAACGCGGUGGCCACGCGCCAUUUGUAGCUGGAUUGGAGAUUCACCGAGUAUUGUAUGAAGAGAUCUUGCCAUGCUUUACUAUAACUCGUCCAGGUCGUUGGCCCAACAUCGUUGUUCCGCUUGAGUAUAGAUAGCAUUGCAACUAUAUGAGGGACAUUUGUUGUAAUUUUAUCAGCUUAAGUUAUUUUCUUUAUUGUAUUAUUAUAUUGAAAUUGUGAAAUUUUAAACUACAACCGUGAGUUCCCCCCACUGCCGGAUUCUCCCAGAUUGUUUCUACAAUUUCUUUUGGCUUUACUCGGUAAUUUUUGGUCCAGUAUAGUGUAGUUUGCUAACACGUUCUUAGCCACAUAUUGAUGUUAUUGUUUAA